AUGGAAAGCUACGCGGUUCCAAGUUCACUUACUUAUACCGAAGGCGACAACGCUACAUUCAGUAAGCUCAACAAAGCAAGCGAGAGUAUACGUCGUUUUGAAUUCGGUGUUUGGUGGAAUAGUAGCAAUUGGAUUCCAUGCGGUGUCAUAGCUAUUAACGAUACAGAAGUAUUGUAUAAGCUGUAUGACAAAGAUGCUAUGUGCAAACCUUUCCUUUCUCGUCUGAAAUUCCCAACAAAAGAAAACCUACAGCAAGGAAAAUCGGCCACGGUUUUGCAAGACAUAUCCUUGAACGACGAAAACAUGUACUACACGGCUAUUUGUCUUGAAGGAAAGCACGAAAAUGAGGAUCCUGUAAUACAAGAGCUCAAAGUAUUGCCUAGGCAAAGGACGGUAAACACACCAAAAUCAACGACGGUCACCUCAAAAACCAACAGACUAACGACGGUCAAUACAAAAUCCAAUAGCGCUGCAACGAAAUUAGAGUACCAGAAGAUUGUAGUAAUUUUCAGCGUGUGUUUGGUGCUUUUGAUGACACUGCCUUAAAUUUAAUCACAGGGCCUCAACAUUUUUUCAGUGAUAAUUUAAAGUAGCUAAGGUUAGGUAAGGUUAAAAAACAAGUCCGUCRAAAAGAGUCAGUUUAAUAUUCGGACGGGUUUCAAAACCCGUUUGUCUUUCCCCCGUACAUAUCAAACUUUCCACAUAGAAAAGUUGUCGUUCCGCUCGAGCCGUUUCUUUUACCAUAUAAGGAAUGUACUUACCAUAUUUGGAAAUUGGAAUAUAAUUUUUAUCACUAAAUAGGCGAAUUUCUUGCUCAAAACUGCUCAAACAGUAAAUCGAGUAAAACAUUACUA